CCCGAGUCGUUUUCACCCCCUUCAAUUGAACCACCCACCUCUCCACAUCCACUCUUCAAAAUGACUGCCACCUGGAAAGCCGCUGGCCUCACCUACAACCGCUACCUGGCCAUUGCCGCCCGGACGGUGCGCCGCUCCCUCAAGGAGACUCCCCGUCUCAAUGCCGAGCGCCGCGGUCAGAUGGACCUCCGUUUCGCCAAGUGGGAGAACGGCAAGCAGGGCGAUGUCCGCUCGCUCGCCCAGGCCAACAACGAGGCCGUUGCCCAGGCCACCGAGAAAUAGACGACCAGCAUUCCCCUUGAGCAUGAUCGAGAUAGCAUGAUAUAGCCAUGUUUCUGGCAGAGUGAUGGACCCGGGGGCCGUGAUCGGACACAAGCGAUGAUUUGGAGGGACCCCCGGGGAGACAAUUGAACUUUUUGUACAUG